AGCUAGGGUUUUCACUUCCAUGGCGAUUUCUCGAUAAACUCCGUCUUUAUCAAUCAAAUCAUAUCAAUUUAUACUGUAAUCGGAGUCGGAGGAUGAGAUAUAUCAUUUGAGAAAAUAUGUUAUGGUCUAGAUUACCUUCCGAAGAAAGUGAGGAUAGGAAUAAUCGGGAUAUAUUUGGAGUGUUUAGGGUGCUGGUUGUUGCCGCUAUGGGAUGUCUCUUUGGCUGUUUCCGUAUCAAUGAUGGUUCUCUUCCUCCUGAUUCCAAAUCUCAGCUCGUUUCCCAGUCUCUAGCUCCUAAGGAACCUGUGGUGUCUCGCAACAGGAGUCCAUUAUCUUCUCUUUUCAAUUCUGAAGAAAAAGGCGAGGAUGAUUAUUUGCGCGAAACUGGAAAGGCUGAUCAAGAUGCAGGAACACCUAAGUCUGAGCUGCACACGAAAGAACUCAGGGAUCAGGCCAAGUUCCUUAAAGCUUGUGGAACUUUACCAGAGACUCCUGCUGAAAUUCGAAAAGGCUUGGCUAAAUGCAAAGAUCUAUCAGCUUCAAAAGGAGAUGUUGAACCUUUAAAAUUCAAGUCUUGGCUCUCUGAUGUGGCUGUUGAAAAGUUCAACCUGGAUUUGCUACCUGAUCACCCUAUUACACCUAGUAAAAGCAAUGAACUGGAAAAACAAUCUGGUUCCUUGACUCAUACAUCUAGCAGUUGCAUGAUGGAUGGACAAAAUGGUCAAAGCUCGCCAAAGAACUCUAUUCAUGGUAGUGGAUCUGCUAACACUCCGACAUCCAUUGAGUUUAAUGCUAAUCAGGCUCAUAGAGACGCGGCUUCAGAGGUUUCACCAAUCUUUGCUCCCAGUGCCCAGUACAUGAAUAAAACUGUUCGCUUUGAUUGUGAGUCUGAUCUGUCUGCAGUCUCAUCCAAAAGUACUUCAUUUGCACUUGACAGUGAAAACUCAAAGCAGGCUGAGUUUUCUGGCAAUUACUCUGCAUUGAAACAUUCGCCCUACCCUACCCCACUAAAACUAAGUGAUGAAAUGCAAACACCAGGAACUGUUUUUCCAACAUAUAUAGACGACAUUGCCUAUGGAAAAGCUCCUCGGAUCAGGUCUCAGUAUGUUUAUCCAGUUUUAAACCCUGUGGAUAGAGCACCGCAGUUGAAGGAUUUGUCUGAUGAAGAUUCCUACUCCAUUGAAAAUUCUAAUUCUAGAUUAUGGUCCAGUAACAUGACAGAAUCUGGUGAACGGCCAAAUGAAGCAAGCUUUUCAUCAGAACUAGUAACGCCCGGAUUAAGAAAAGCUUCAGCUGAUAAUGAUUCAAAGGUAGAGGCAAGCUUGUCUUCGUGGCUGAAACCAUCUUCAAUCAAUCAAGACAUGGGUAAGCAGCACACUAGUUCUGGUUGCGGUAACAAUGCUCAUUAUGGCAGAACUCCUGGAGAUAGGCCUAUACUUGGAUUGGUUGCUGCUCACUGGAAAGAUGAUGAAGAUUCUCGUAUAUCUCCUAAAUGGUGGGAUGGAAAUGGGAUCCCCAAUUCAACUAACAAGUAUAAAGAGGAUCAGAAAGUAAGCUGGCAUGCAACGCCAUUUGAAGAGAGACUGGAGAAGGCAUUAUCAGAAGAAUCUUCCAUUCCACAUAGGAAGCAAUACAGUGGGACAAGACCAUUUGCCUUUAACGACAUGGAUGAAACUGAUACUGCCAUCUCUCAAGUGCACUAAUAAUGUCAGCUAAAGCUCAUUUUCCAUCCAUCAAUUAGCACAGAUUCAAAGUUUAUCCGGGAAUUUUGUUUCGUCUUAGCUGAGAUGCUGCUCAAUCUCAGGUGUAAGCCAGACGUUCAAUCUCUGAUGAUGGUUCGAGAUAUAUCAAGGAUUUCUGAGUGUAAUAUAGUUGUAGUUUUGAUCAUAUAAACUGAACAAGGUGGCAGUUUAAAAAUGAAAAAUGAUUAAGGAUAUUGGUGCAAUAUGAUUGAGCAUCUGUUUAGCAAUGCAUCAAGUAUAAACAAAUUUGCUCCACUGUUAAUGUGAUUGCAAUUUUU